AGAAAAAAGGACUUUAAAGAGGUGUUAGAUCGUGUAAAGAAAGAUCUUCAAGAGAUUGCAAAUUCUAAUUACGAUUUUGAUACAACUCGCAAAAAAAAGCACAAGAAAUCAUCGAUAACUGGAAGUUCGACGCUAGUGCAAGCUGGGACUGUUAGAAUGGACUAUUUCGAUGAAGAACCUGAAAAAAGAUCUGCGAAUCAAUAUUCAGAACAACAGAUACUUGCGUCUGGCAAUGCAAAUCAGAACAUUGGUACCAUAAACAGCCAUUGUACAACUCUUGGAAAACGUCAAAACGAUAAUUCCGAAGGAGCUCCCAAAGGAAAACGCCAAGAUACGGGGGAUAGAGAAACUAUAAAUGAGCCUGUGGAAACCACUCGGAAA